UUGCUAUUGAGUAAGAAUUUUGUAGCUCUGCUUUUAAUAUUUCAGCAGUUGAUGCAACUGAGAGCGGAUAAAAGCAAACAAUAUGUAGUCAAUAAAAAUGAGUACAAACUGUAUGUAGACAAGUGUCCAAAGAUGCUGCCACAACCAAAAAUUGUUAAAGAAAAACUGCUGGGUUAUUGGUUUGCUUAUAUAGCAACACCGCUGCCUACAAUAAACUAUAACCGUCGUUGUGCUUCCUACAAUGUUAGGGGCUCGCCUUAUUUUAAGAACAACAUAAUCUAUACAAACCACAAGGAUUUAGUUGUUACCUACUUUUGCGACUAUGAUGAGGAUCGAAAAAUGUUUAAACGCAAAUUGCGCGUUUUAACGCGCAAUCGCACGCCCAAUGAGGAAAUGAUUGCCGGCGUUGUAUUCAAGUUUCUCAUGGAGCGCGGCUUUCCCAUUGAAGCAUUAGAUUGGCUUAAGACCGAAGCAUAUUGCUUUGAAUGGUAUCAGCUGAACUUUGAGAUCCAUGUGCGACCCAAAGCGUAUCAAGCGCCCUUCAAUGAUCCUGGCCCAUUGGGACGUUAAUUGCAAAUCGAUAAACAAUUAAUCGUAUGCCCCAAAAAGCACAGAAAUCCUACAACUACAUUAGCCGCAUUGAAUCAAUUAUGCAACAAAAACACAGUUUGGAGUUGACAACAUAUGUUGACAGCAACAGCUGCCAAUUUAACUGCCGAAAAAAAGGCAACAAAACAAGCAGAAAAGAUUGUCUUUAGUUUUUGUUGUUGUUAUUUUAUUGACUUUUUUUUUGCUUUGGCUUCCUCGCUCUUGACGCACAAAUUGAGUCUCUGGCCUCGGGAUAUGGGGCCAAGAAAAUUAAACUUCUUUUGUGGCACAAGUGGCGUAUGCGUAACGCACAAUUUCUUAUUGACUGGGCGUCGACUGUUGGGGCUUUUGUUAGGCAUAAAGACGAGCAAUAAUUGUCAAUGACGCACUUAGGAUUCGCAGCAUUUGAGCCAAAGAGCAAAACAAAUUCUAUUUGAUUUCAUUUUAUAUUUUGUUAAAUAUUU